AUGAGUAUCCCAGGAGGCGAUCUUGCAGGUGUUCUUGGGAACGCAGGUGUUGCUGGUGCAGCAGGAGCAGCCGCAGGUUCCGGCGUUGUAUCUGCUGUAGGCGCACAGUUCGAUUCUACUUUUCAAGCUUUUGAAUCAUGUGCUAAAUUCGUGUUUGACUUUGUAAAACUUGAUAUUUUCAUGAAUUUCUUCCAACAAAUCAGUCUCUGGUUCACAAAGUUCAAAUUCCCCGAAAAAUUCGAAAAAUUAUUCCAUAAAUUCAUGGAUUUUGUUUCUCUUGUUUGGCAAUUCGUCAUGGGUAUUACAGAAUUACAAAUUUUCUACGCAUGGGCUAUUGUAUCAAUGGUUUUUUUCAUUUUCUGGCUCAUUCAGAAAACAACAGAUCCAGAAGCCGAAGUUAAAGGUCCUAAUGCAUUCGGCUGGGAGAAGAGAGGCACAAUAUGGAACUUAUGGGUCUAUGGCCUUGUCACAGCUAUCACUCUUUUAUACCUUCCUUCGAUUACUUCCGGCUUCAAGGUUAUCUUCUGUUUCGAAGGCUUAAUGUCCCCAUACCAGCUUACAUGCUACAGUGGUAAGCACUGGAUCCAUUUUGCCGUUGCCAUGGUCCACUUUUUAUUCAUUGGCUUAUAUCUUCCAUUCCAAGUUUAUCUGACCAUCAACAAAUACCAACCAAAGCCACAGAAAUACGACGCAUCCGGCGAAAUAUUCGAUCUCUCCUACGACAAAGAUAAAUACCUCGAACAAUACAAAGAGCUUGUUGCCGCUGACAAAUGUCCCUACAACUUCCUCUAUUCAGGCUACGAGUACGGCUGGUCCGCCUACAAAGUUAUUACAAUGGUUGUCAAGAUGUUAUUGAUUAUUCCACUUAUUCCAUUGUUUACAGCCGCCUUAGCUCCCGCCUGUGUCUCCCUUGCUAUUGUCACCGUCUACGCCUUAUGUUCCAUCAUCUCAUCACCCUUCAUUUUACCACAAGAUGACUGGAUCGACCUUUCCGCACGUAUUACAGCUGUUUGCACAAUUGUUCUUCAGAUCUGUGUCAUCAAAGAUGUCCUCUAUCCUCCGUGGGACUCCCUCGCCCUUUCCGUUGUCAAUUUCGCAAAUCUCGGCAUCAUGAUCAUCAUUUUCCUUUCGAAUUUGCAGUUCGUCAAAGUUUUCUUCCGCAAGAAAUUCGGCAAACUGAAAUUCUCUCCAGGCAUGGCAUACAAUCCACCAAUCGAACGCCAGCAGAGAAUCUGGCACAGAUUCUGGCGUGGUUUGUUCUCUUCUUGCGGCACAUUAGAACCAUGUUUCGACCGUCUCAACAUCAUGGAAAACAUCUUCAGAAGAUACGGAAAGAUCGAAUACAAACAGUCACUCAUUCCUCCACGCGAAGACAUUGCACAAGCCAGAAGAAUGUGUCUUGAAAUUGAAGGACCAGACUGUUACUUCAGAACAAACAAACGCGAAGGAAAGACAUGCUGGGGAAGAAUGUUCAUCACUCCUUUCCCAUUUAGAAUCAACAUGAUUUACGAUGACAACACGAUGUUGGAACUCAAAGACGACGAAGUUGUUGAGUUCUACCGCCAGAACUUCUUCGAACAGCCAGUUACACAAGGAAGGAAAGUCCGUAUGUUCCUUCGCUGCCUCAACAACGAAACAGUCAAUUUCGAACUCACGAAGAUUGUUCCUCGUUCUGAAGGCGGUCCAAAGGAAGAAGUUCCUGUCCACUUCCACAGAGGUGUUCUCAAAGUCAAAGCCAUUGCAAAUGAUCCAUUUGCAAAUGGCUUCAAAGUAAAGAUCGAGUUCCAAGAUGGAGAAUGCACAUUAUCCAAUGGAAAAGUCCUUGAAAACAUCCAAUACAAAGCCAAAGGAACAACAAUUGGAAUCACAGAAUCAUUCACAUUAAACGAGGAACUCAACAAACUCUUGAAUGAUCCAGAGAACAAACAUUUGAUCGAAUCAAAGUGGCCGGCUUUAGUUGAGAGAAUCAAGUUGAUGCACGAUGAUUUGGAAGAAGAAAGAAGAGAAGACGAAGAAAUCUUAUCAUAUAACUUCUGGCAGUUAGUUUACAUGAACGACCAUGUUCCAGAAGACGAAUUAAUUGAGUACUUGAACAAAUUCGAGCAGAACCAAAAUGUCCAUGAUAUCACAACUCUCUACAAACAAGACUUGGACGGUAUCUACUCUCGUCUCAAGUACUACGAUUGCCAUCCAGCAAUUGCAACAUGGUACUGCUUCUUCGAUGAUGUCGCUCUCUACAACCACAUGCUCAAUCCAAUCGCUGACAACCCAGAUUUGUUCGACAUGGCAAACUCUACUGCAUUGGCAUAUCACCCAUGCACAAUGGAAGAGCUCAAGCAGAAACUCGAAGAAAGAGGCCUAAGGAAACACAACGGAAAGGGUUUGUUCAACGACACAGUCUUGAAUGACUUGGAACAGAUGCUCAAACAGGAUUGCGAACAGGCUUAUACUCCUCCGGAUCCAUCAAAGAUUCCAUACGUAUCUCCAAUGUCACAGGCAUUGCUCGCAGAUACAAGAUGCAGCUCAACACCAAUCAUGACAGUAAACACUUCUUACAUCGCUACAGCUUUCAUGUGCUGCAUCUAA